GUUUCCGACAAGGACACAACUUAUUGCAAAUUACAAAAAACCAAAAAAAAAAAAAGGUUAAGGAGCAUCCUUCUUCUCCUGCCUCAAAAAUUCAUCUCUGAUUUGCAAUCAUCUCAAAUUAAAUCUCCAUUUAUUCAUAAACAUAUAUAGCUGCAUAUAGAUAGGUUUCAGAAACUUUCAGUAUUUUGGAUUCAUAAAUAGACAUAACAGAGAAUGGUCGAAAGAUAUGGAGUGUUUUGAAUCUGAGACGUUACCAUGCUGCAGUUCUUAGGUUCUUACCUUUCGAGGUGUUGCGAUCUUGAUUUUAAGCAAUCGGGGGGCCUCGACGAUCCUGAGAUACUUGCACGAGAGACAGUUUUUAGCGUCAGCGAGAUUGAAGCUCUUUACGAGCUCUUUAAGAAGAUAAGCAGUGCAGUGAUUGAUGAUGGUUUAAUCAACAAGGAAGAGUUUCAAUUGGCACUUUUCAAGACAAAUAAAAAGGAAAGCUUGUUUGCUGACCGGGUGUUUGACUUGUUUGACACAAAACACAACGGAAUCUUGGGAUUCGAGGAAUUUGCUCGUGCUCUCUCUGUUUUCCAUCCAAAUGCACCUAUCGAUGACAAGAUUGAGUUUUCUUUUCAGCUAUAUGAUCUCAAGCAACAAGGUUUUAUUGAGAGACAAGAGGUAAAGCAAAUGGUGGUGGCUACUCUUGCGGAGUCUGGUAUGAACCUCUCUGACGAUGUGAUAGAGAGCAUAAUUGACAAGACUUUUGAAGAAGCCGAUACGAAGCAUGACGGAAAGAUUGAUAAGGAGGAAUGGAGAAACUUAGUGUUGCGACAUCCUUCACUUUUGAAGAAUAUGACCCUCCAAUAUCUCAAGGACAUUACUACAACGUUUCCAAGCUUUGUCUUUCAUUCAAGAGUUGAGGACACCUAA